CCAUUAUUAUGGUUAUUGUAGUUCUUUUUGCUUUACUUUUCCAUACAAUCCAAGCUAGAAACAUUUUCUUCAUAUAGUUUGUUUAUCCAUUUCUAACAAAUUUUGUAUACAAAUAAUUUAAUCAAACUACUCAUGCAUUCACUCACCCUAACCACGCGGGUAAUUCCACUAUAUUUAUGCCCAAUAAUUAAAAGCGUUCUUAGUGAAGACAAAUAAGGGAAAACACUCAAAACAGCAAAAAAGCAAUAUGAGUAGUGUUCGUUUUUCUAAAAAUGUGAUUAAUCUUUGUUUAGUUAAUAUACAUUAUUAUUUCCGUUGUAAUUUCUACCUAACUACUCACCCCACCCCUGGGAUCCUCUGCCCGACUAGGACGGUGCCUUGCGCAUCAGAUGGUCGGACAGUAGCAUAGCAGGCCUCGAGAUUAGCGAAAAAGUGGAGCUCAAGAUCUCCGAUCGUUGAAUUGUUGAUCGGACGACCCGGAAGAAGCAAGGCAGCCUACCUUAAUCUAAAGUAAGGUAGAGGCUCCGGAUCCCUUCCCCACACCCCACCGUUGCCUCUACCAAGUAGCAACAACUACCGCUAGCAACUACAUCCUUGAUGGCGGUAAUGAUCAGUGGCGGACUGGCCGAGCCGCGUAUCGAAAGUGUUCUUUGCAUAUAUAUGUGUAUAUUCAGGGUGAUUAAUUAUUAAAGUUUUAAUGAUAGAAAAAAAUCGAAUGCUCAAAACUCAAAUCGUCAAUCCACCACCCGUACUGAUAUUACGGCAAUCGCAACACCGAUACUGAGUCAGUGAGUAUGAGUGACAUAAGAAAAACUAACAAUGUCAUAGUAGCCACAUUAUGACUUUUAUUAUACAGCCCUUUUGAAGUCUGACUUUAACAAAAUAGAGUUUAGAGAAAAACCAGACAAUUUAGCCUCCAUAGAAAAUGUAAACAUAUGUCGACAUUACGCGGGGGCGUAAACUGACCGCAAUUAUAUGCCUGGGAGGGAAACCAGAAACCAUUAAUUUUUUUCCUAACAAAAAGACAGAGAAAGAAUACAGACAAGGAAAAUAAUGAUGCUGGACAGCGUAUAAAAUGCAGCCGAAAUACAUGCGAUGAUUAACUGGAAAGAAGGGUGAAGAAGAAUCAUUCCCUCAAUUGCAAGCGCCACACGGACAAAUGCUCGAACAGUGGUGCUGCACACUCCUCCUAUAAAGUUAGCCCCUUUUUGAGGUGAGGAUCAUCCAUCUUUUUUCUUGCUCUAAAUACGGAGUAUUAUCUACUCUGCAUUCCAUUAUUGACUGACUCCUCCUUUGAGAAUUCGGCAUACGGACAAACUGGUCAACGCGAAGAAACAUUUAUAGCCCACCAGCUAUUUAAGAAUCUUCUUCCGCGAAUUGAUUGCCGUUAAUAUUGUGCUUUGUUCGAAAGUUUUGUAGUACACCUACCAUAUGAGGAUGUGUUUUUUGCUUUUGUACUACCAUGUCGUACAAGCGUUUGGUCUAAGCUCUGGUAAUUCUUUAUAACCUCCACCUUUCGUUCUAUUGCUAGCUCCUUCUCCACAUCAAUGGUGGUAGUAGUUCAUAGCUGUUGAGAAUUUUCUUUUAUUAAUACAUUAAAAAAAAGAAUUGGGUUUUCUGCCUUAGCGGUUGGUGGGAAUUCUUCCCCGGUUUCUCUGGGAAAUUAUUUAUGUUCUUCUGUUCGGAAUAAAAAUCAGUUCUUGAUUUAGAUUUUUGGUCUACUUACUCAGAAUGAGGAAUGCUGAGGGGAAAGAGGCGGAAGAGGUGAUGGAGAUUGAAAGAGAAGAAGAGAGGGAAAAAGCAGAGGAUGCGAAGAGGGUUCCUCUUCCUCCUUGGAGGAAGCAAAUAACAUUUCGAGGGAUUAUAGCGAGCUGUUUGAUUGGAAUGAUUUACAGUGUUAUAGUGAUGAAGCUCAAUCUGACAACUGGACUUGUCCCAAAUCUAAAUGUCUCAGCUGCCCUUCUUGCCUAUGUGAUAAUGCAGUCUUGGAUUAAGCUUCUCCAAAAGGCUAAUCUGGUUUCAACUCCAUUCACUAGGCAGGAGAAUACUGUGAUUCAGACAUGUGCUGUUGCCUGCUACAGCAUUGCUGUUGGAGGUGGUUUUGGAUCUUAUCUCCUGGGGUUGAACAAGAAGACGUAUGAGCAAGCUGGGGUGGAUACAAUAGGAAAUGUAGCAGGGAGUUAUAAGGAGCCAAGGCUGGACUGGAUAAUUGGGUUCCUCUUUGUGGUUAGCUUUGUUGGGUUAUUAGCUUUGGUUCCUCUCAGAAAGAUAAUGAUCAUAGACUAUCAGCUAACAUAUCCUAGUGGAACUGCUACUGCGGUUCUGAUUAAUGGGUUUCAUACCCCCAAAGGAGAUGGUGAUGCGAAGAAACAGGUACGAGGAUUUGUGAAAUUCACCUCGGCCAGUUUUUUGUGGAGUUUGUUCCAGUGGUUUUAUUCAGGUGGUGAUCAGUGUGGGUUUGCAAACUUCCCCACCUUUGGGUUGAAAGCCUGGAAACACUCAUUUUUCUUCGACUUCAGCAUGACUUAUAUAGGAGCAGGAAUGAUUUGUUCUCACCUGGUGAACUUGUCUUUGCUUCUUGGAGCCAUUCUCUCUUGGGGAAUAAUGUGGCCGCUAAUUGGUGCGCGUAAAGGUUCAUGGUUCCCUGCUUCUAUACCAGAAAGCAGCAUGAAGAGUCUAAAUGGUUAUAAGGUUUUUAUUUCUAUUGCUCUCAUCCUAGGUGAUGGUCUCUACAAUUUUCUUCGGACGGCAUUCUAUACUGGUCGAAGCAUAUAUGUUGCACUGAAGAAAAGAAAUUCUAGGACGUUCCCAGAAACAAAGAUUGAGCAUUGUAUUGACAAUCUUCAAAGAAACGAAGUGUUCGUUAGAGAGAGCAUUCCCUUGUGGGUAGCAUGCAUAGGGUACACAGUUUUCUCCAUUAUCUCCAUAAUCAUAAUCCCGAUCAUGUUUCCUCCAUUGAAGUGGUAUUUCGUCCUAGUGGCCUACACCCUUGCACCAGCCUUAAGCUUCUGCAAUGCUUAUGGAGCUGGUCUGACAGACAUGAACAUGGCAUAUAACUAUGGGAAGGUGGCUCUUUUUACAUUAGCCGCUUUGUCUGGGAAAGAAAACGGUGUAAUUGCCGGACUCAUUGGGUGUGGGCUCAUAAAGUCCAUUGUCUCAAUCUCAUCCGAUUUAAUGCACGAUUUCAAAACAGGCCACCUUACCCUUACAUCCCCACGAUCGAUGCUCAUAAGCCAAGCGAUUGGGACCGCCAUGGGUUGUGUGGUGGCCCCACUAACGUUCUUCCUCUUCUACAAGACGUUCGACGUGGGCAACCCAAACGGGGAAUACAAAGCUCCUUAUGCUAUCAUAUAUAGAAACAUGGCCAUCCUUGGCGUUCAAGGCUUCUCCGCACUUCCCCGACAUUGUUUACAGCUAUGUUAUGGUUUUUUCGCAUUUGCAUUGGUUGCCAACCUGGCAAGAGAUGUGGUCCCGGGAAGGGUCGGGAAGUGGAUCCCGCUCCCGAUGGCGAUGGCUGUGCCAUUUCUUGUUGGGGCUUCGUUUGCCAUUGAUAUGUGUGUUGGUAGUCUCGUUGUGUAUGGUUGACACAAGAUGAACGGCAAGAAGGCGAAACUGAUGGUUCCUGCAGUUGCCUCGGGUUUGAUAUGUGGUGAUGGAUUGUGGAUCCUCCCAUUGUCGAUACUUGCGUUGACCAAAGUCAAAGCUCCGAUCUGCAUGAAUUUUCUGCCUGCAAAGACAUCCUAAAAGGGAAUGCAACAAUGAUACAACAGAAAAGCUUUGACGUGAGAUGGAGAAAGGUAAAUAAACGAGAAGUAAUUUUUUUCUUGUCCCAUUAUCGUGGGAGAGACCACCUCGGCAUAGAAGUACAAUAAAUAAAAGGUUUAAAUGUCACUUGGAGUGUACAAUAUGGGGUGAACUGUAAAUGUGUAUAAGCGGCAAAAGUGUAUCAUGCUGUAAUGUAUAGUUGUAACAUGUUAACAUGGAUUCCUUCGGAGUCAUUAUGUAUGGUGUAAAUUCACUGACAGAACGAACAUAAUGACAAUGUUGGAUACCGAUUUAUUUAUUUUCUUGGCGGUUAAAUUAAUUUCAUGGAUAUACUGAUAUACAUGUAACUAUUUCCAUCCUAUAUAGUAGAUAGUAGAGUCAAAGAUUCA